CUAUAAAGCAGACUGCAGAAGGACAUCCGAAUUCAAGCCUACGAGAGGAGAACAUUUCUGCUAACCGUAGUAAGUAUAUUGUACAGUGCGGAGAUUGUGUAUUUUUCUAUUCAUUGGUAUAAUAGAAAGAAAAAACAAAAACAGAUUUCACAGUGACUUAAGGAUUUUAAAAAAUACUAUAGAUAUUUAUUUUUUAUACUUAUUAGUUCUAUUUAUUUAUUUUUUAUUUCUACAGUAGGAAAGAGUUAACUAAAUCAUUACGUAUUCAUCAGAGAUACAUUUAACUUGCUUAUUGAAUAGGUAGUAUCAAUUUUUUUAAAAUAUUGGUGCUAAAAUAAUUGGUGAUGUGUACAAUGUGCAACACAUUAAACUUACAGAAUUGUAAGCUAUCAGUUUUAACUUACACACCUGUCCAUUUUACACUAUGUUUAUCCAAUUUUUUGUUUCCAUAUAAUGUUCAUAUAAAAGAUCUUUUUCUACUCAAGUAAAUUCAGUGUGUUGCACAUUUUACAAGGUUGUGUUAUAUUUUAGUACCAAUUAUUUUUCAAUUUGAGUGAUUAAAGUGCGCACACACAUAUAUAUAUAUUCAUGUAUUGUAUUAGAUAGUGUUUAGAAAGUCCACUUGUUUUGAGAGCUGCUGUUUUAUAUUUAAUUUUUAUUGUAUGUGGGCAUAGUCACUUAUAUAUUUUUGGAUUAUAUUAGCAUCAAUAUUGUCGCCUCACUUUGAAGAACUUCAAAAUGUUCUAUCUUAAAACAUUCAGCGAAAUCACAUAUCCUUAUAUAUAUAUUUUUGUCUUCUUUUGUUUAAAGAAGGCUUCCUGUUAUCUUUGGAGAGAAAAUUCUAAAAAGCUGAGACAUGAAUCUUGCUGUGGUGUGUGUAGUGUUCUUUUUGGCUGUGACACAAACGUUGUCUGAGGAGAUGGAAUAUAAUGAAGACCGGUACUGGCCUGAAAGCAAUCUACACCAGGUGAGUCUACAAUAUUUAAUGCAUCACUAUACCACUUAUCUGGUUGUUGACUCAUUGUCAUUGCAACACCAAAAUAGUAUUGUUUGUGAUUUAAAACCCUUUUGGAAUAUAUUGCAAUGUUUGCACAUUUUGUGCAUGUUUUUUUUUUUUUUUUUUAAACCUAUGUGAAUAUUUAUUCUUCAGAAUUUCCAUUAAUCCUAUAAUACCAAAUGUUACAUUCUAGUGUAUCCCAGUCUGGUCACUAAAACCCUUAGAAAUGGAUGGAAUUAAGGAAUAAAGAGGCUCUUUUCCAUAUCAUACAGUCUCUUUAUUUAUUUUUUUAGAAGUCAUGUAACUGGAAACCCACUUAGUCUCUAAAGUAAACUUAGCAGGUCGAUUUUUAUGGAUGAGGACAUUGUGCACACUAGAGGAUUUUUUUUUACCUGCAAUAGCAGCCGUUAAUGUCAUUUGCAAUGCACAUGACUGAUGUUAAUGUACUUACUGUAUGUGGAGAUCAUGUGGGACUUGGCCAAGACAAUCAAGGAAAAAAAGACAAAAAAAUUAACUGGGUGGAAGAGAACAGAAGGACAGUUGCCUUAGUUUGUACAAUGUCCAAAGUUCCUUAUUGCGGUCAUGUGUGACCACUUAGACAGUGGCUGCAGAAAAUUAGAAGUGCUACUUAUGUGGACACAAACCAAUGCAAUGCCAAUACUGAUAUCCUGAGGAGAAAGUACCCUAAACAUCAUAGGUCUAAACAAAAGAGCAGGAAGAAUGACUCCUUUGAUUGCAUACUUUGUUUGUAGUUUUAGUAACACUGGCCAUUUAUCAUUAAAAAAAAAUUAAUAAUAAUAAUAAAAUUCCAGGUGACAUUACCAUCAGAUAAUGUUAAUGUAUGAUUGGUUUUACGUUUUAGAAAAAAAACAAAAAACUAAUUCAUCCAGUAACCUUUUUGGGUUUGAUGACAGCCUCUUACAUGCAGUAAUAUAGCAAUAAUGAGGAUUUAAUUACUAGGAAGAAUGGACUCAAGAAUAAGUAAUUGCCGGAGAUCAUCAAGUAAGUAGGUGGAGAAGGGGGUGGAAGAACAGAAAAUAUAUUAUGAAUAAAUUAUCCUUAUGUUUAUUUCAUAAUGCAGUACUCGUUGCCUACAAUGAAUAUGCAUAAACUAAGCUCAUUAUUUAAACCAGCCUUAUAUACUGAGAAAUAUCACAAUGCUAUAGAGAAAUGAGAAAAAAGACAAUUUAGAUCCAGUACUUAAAAUAUUCAGAAAAACUGCUACGAAAUACAAGUGUCUCUCUUGUAAUUACUGUCAAUUUCAUUGCAUUAAGUAUCCAAAUGCUGUAACUGCAAGUACUUAAUUUUAAUUUACAUUUUAGCAAAAAGGGGGGAGGGGGAUUAAUCUUGACUUUCACGCGGUAUUUGGUCUUAGUGAUUUUUUACCUUGGAAUAACGGAAUAUUAACACUGGAUGUGAUAGAUUGCAGCGCACAUUUUUAAAGCACGCACUUAAUUCAAUUAAAUUUAUGAAAGCAGUCAAUUAAAUUUUCCCCAUUUUCCUCUUCCCUUUUUGAAUAACACAUUAAUCUGACAAUCAGAGGGCAAAAUGCUUCAACAUCACAGGGAUGUGAACAAAUUGUUGUUGCUUUCUUUAAUAUACAAAACACAUAGCAACAAUUCUGACGUAUAGAGUUGUUGAAAAAGGGGUAGAAUCAUGUUAAAAAAUACAGCAAGUAUAAAUAUGUAUUUUUAUAUGUAUAAAACCCAACAAAAUACACAACAAAGGGCAACACCAGAGAAGAAAAAUAACGGGAUAAAUAUAGUACAAUUACACAUUUCUUCACUAAAAUGUAGUUAUAAAAAGACUUCUCCAAAUCUACAUAAACCAUGAAAUAAAAAACAAAUAUCUAAUAAAAAUAUAUAUAUAGUGUAAUACAGUACUUAAUUUAAAUUACUGUGGAUUUGUGGUAUAUUGCACUCACAAACGAAAAUUGAUUGAAGGCAAAUAGAUUCAAUUGGGGUAACAAACGGAAACUUAUUUUGCGGAAGUCGAAAUCAUGAAUCAAAUGAAUAUGCCCAUCCACUGCACAAUUCGUUUGUUUCUCUAUUUGGAAUUUGGGAGUUCAGGUGAUCACCUGAAUUUACCUGAAUUUAAGACUCAACAUCAGACAAAUUAUGGUUCGUAACAAAACGAAUCUCCAAGUCUACAAAUUAACUCUAUAUUUUACACACAGUGUAUUCACACCCAUGCAAUAUUGGUUCAAUUACACAUAUUUGGUAUUUCACAUUAGUAAUAUAAAUAGAACCCAAGGAAGAGGUAUUACCAGUAAUUGGCUUGCUUGUGAUAACACCAAUAAAUAUGAUACUAAAUAGUACAAGGAGAAUUAGCUCCCACUCUUUCUGGGCUAUAACACCCGUCAUCACUAUCCGGUUCUUGUUGUAGAGCGAAUUAGCUAGUGACCAUUCUAUGGGACUUUACUAACCACUGCUAAGAUCCAUAGUGAUAACAGAACACAGACUAUGAAUUCUCAAACAGACUACGUCCUUCCAAUGGUUCCCGUUCCUUAUGCCUGACCCAAAAAUAUUGCAGACAUUUUAUUGAUCAAGAAAGUAUACGUGCAUACAUUGCAAUAACAAUAUGGGAACAUGGACCGAGCAAUGAUGAUUAAUAUGCAAAAAUUGAAUACUGUUAGCAGGGCUUAAAUUCCAAGUCCUAUUAGCCAAGCCUUAAAAGUUACUUGAACUGCAAGCCUGAACGACUCAUGGCACACUCACCAGUGUACAUUUCUACUCACCAGAAUACGUUUUCACUCUCAAGGACUACUGGUGAGUGUAAAUGUUGAGCCCUGUUGUUAUGAAGGAGGUAAAUGUAUAAUUGCAUGAAUUUGAUUAUAUACUUUGAUCUGUGCUUUUGCUUGGGAUUUUGCUAAACGCACACCAUGAUAAUAUGGUAUUGAAAAUAUAUAACUAGAACGUAUAUAUAUGGUAGGUGAUCUUUAAUAAAUACCAAUAAAGCUUUCUGAAUUUGCAUUGUUCUGUCCUUUCCCUCAUUAAGGCAAAGUUUUAAGGUAUUGCUGUGAUAGAGAUCUUGUAUUAAAUAAUAGCUUUUGUGUUUCGCACUUACAAAUGCAUUGCAAGGUCACACGGUUCAUGGCAGUAGGCAUUUAAGUGCUAGGUUUGCUUUCAUCUUUCAUCUUUCAUUUAUUCAUCUAUUGUUAUUUUUUGUUUCAUGUGGAAUUGCUGUGGGUGUGAAUCCAUUGUGUCUCUGUAAGAGCAUUCAUUUUUUAUGUCACGAAUAUGAGCAUGAAAGUGUUCAAUGUUGCUCCUCUCUCAUUUGAAUCUAGGGGUCAUUUCCUGAUUGCCAGGGAUCAACAGAAUAAGUAUUGCAUGACAUCUGAAUAUCAUUAGAUUUUAUGCUUUUCAACUACUUUACUGUUGUUUAGAGGUGCCCACAAUAAUCAAUUUACUAAUAUCAUAUCAAGUGACAUGAGGGGCACAUCGGUAUAGAAAAUGGUAUAGUGUUCAAUCCACCAUAAUUUGUUCUUGCAAAUAAUCAUGUACUAUAAUAAUAAUAAUAAUAUUAAUAAUAAUUAUUAUUAUAUUGGUAUUAUAUAGCUCCAACAAAUUCAGUAGAGCUUUGUAGAAUGUCAUUAUAAACCAUAGUAUCAAGCAUGCUGUCCACUUGGCAUAGAUUAAACCCAAUUCAUCCAAAGACCAUUAGUGCUGCUACAACAAAGUUUUAGUUUCUAAAUGUUUUAUUAUAGUGAAUCGGUCAGAUUCUGCAAAUAUAGGGAUCAUAAACAAUAUAUAUGAAGUUAGCCAAAUAUAAAAUGUUGCCUUAUUGGCAUACAUCAUAUUUUUCAUUAAAGGAAUAUCACACAAAAAUAAAAAAAAUAAAACAAAAAAAAGUUAAAUAUGCUCUCUUUUGCUAAUCAUUCCUAAUAAAACAGGGUAGACCAUAUAUUCAGCUCAAACAUAUUUGAAAUUGUAGCAUCAUAGGGGGAAUUAACCUGGUUUGUUAAUUUAUUUUUCCAUUUUUUCUUUCUCCUUCCAUUUUUGUUUUUUUUCUUCCCUUUUUUUCUUCCCUUUUUUCCUUUUCUUUUCCUUCCUCCCUUCUGCUUUUCCUCUUUUAUUCUCUCCCUUUUCCUUUUCCCUUUUUUAUUGAAGGGUUGGUAUGCUAUUAUUCUAGUAAGGUACCAGUCCAUAAAUUCAAAAGUCGAUUUAAUUUUGAAUUGAAUAGAUCUAUCCAAAGAACCAAUGAGGCUUCAAUCCAGUCCAUAUUAAAUAGAAAAUAAAUGUUAGUUUGUAGUAACAAUAACAGAGGGGGUGAGGGAUCAAUCCAGUGAUGUUAUAAACAUUUACGUGCUGCAGACGGGAUUAUGUGGACUAACUUUGGAGCAUAAUUAAGGAAAGAUUGGCCAAAAAGGUCAAUGUCCUGGAAUCUAAGGGAACAGAUAAGGGGGUAACCCUAAACAAAUUGGUAACAAAAAAGAAGGAAAGAAUCUGUUCCUAAUAUCAAUAUCAGGUGUAUCGAUACAGAUAAAAACUAAUAGUGUUGCUAAAAAUCUUGAAGAUACUUUAUUAAGAAUACCAAAAAACAGACAAUGGACAUAAAAAAAGCCCUAUCUAUGACUACCUGACUUUAACAAAAGUCAAUUCUAGUAGUCAACACAGAGAGCACAAAUGUAAGGAGUAGGGGAGUAAGGGAUGAGACAUAUAAGUGAAACGAUAAACUGAGUAAAUAGACCUCGCUAUAGCAAUAUAUACCAGUGUAUAAAAAGUAUGUCUAAUACACUGAAGGAUAUCCAAAUUAUAUUAUCAAGUAGACAUAAUAUCUAAGGCAAAUAGCCCAAACUCAGAAUAUAGUUAACACAUAGAUAAAAAAGGGAGGGGUGGGGAUAGAUUGAGUUAGCUGAACUAUCAGAAAAUCCCUUGAGUUCAACUAUGAUAGCAAUAUGUAUCAGUAUAUCGGGAGUAGGUCUGACACAAUAAAAUGUAUUUAAAAGGUGUAAUUAAGAGAAAGUCUUAUUUAGUAGGGCAGUCAGCCAAAACUCAAUCUAUGGUUAUCACCACAACUGUUGGAUGCCACAUGGAGGAAAGCUAAUCUCAGCAGUUUCUUGUUUUCGUACUGUGUUGUCCGGUCUCUAGAUUACAAGCAUAUCAGUAAAGAGAACCACGCAGACGCCAAAAUGCCUUAAUCAGCAUUUGAACUGAAGAUAGAAACUGAUUUAGCUUCCUGAUAAUGAUGGGAUUGAUAUUACAUGUUUAUAAAUAAUGUCAUAGAACUAUAAAGUUACUACAUAGUAGUGUGCCAAUGGAUAAUUGAUAACUUGGUCGUUAGACAUCAAAAUGCUGCAGUUUGUAAUGUCUAGCACAUACAUUUAGAGAUAGCUGGCAAUCUGGAAGCUCAUGGCUAAAUAUAAAUGAUAAAGAGUAAAGUAGCUGGAAUGGUGCUUUCGUGGGCACCUUGUACAGAAAAGACAGUAUGAAAGUAAAGAAGCACAGGGAGCUAAAGCAGUCCUUAAUAGUCGGAUGCUGUAAGUUCUCAAUAGUUGUGAUGGGAAUACCCUGGUCGAUAACUAGUUUGUUUAUUUUACAAAGACGCCUGUCAACCAUCUAAGUUCCUAUGGUACCUGAAUGGCUGUUUGGUAUAGCCUGUGGUAAAUAUACACCCGCAAAAAAGGGUGCCGUGGAACACCGGAGACAAAACUAGAUUAAUGAUAAGCGUCGAGCCCCGACGUGCUUUUCGCCUGGAUUAGAGGCUCAUCAGGGGGAACUGACUCCCCGAUGUGGUAGGGUUUAAAUAGCCCGCCCCUGAAACUGAUUGGUCGCGUUUGGAAUCAGGGGAUGUGAAGCCACCGUACCUCUUCACAUCAGUUCCCCCUGAUGAGCCUCUAAUCCAGGCGAAACACGAGUCGGGGCUCGACGCUCUACAGUCUACAUCUCUAGACUGUUUGGUACACUGCGCAGAGUUCCAAUCUACUUCAAAUGUGACUGGAAAAAUAUAAAGAAAUAUAAGGAAAAAAUCCAACUCUCUUAUUUAGCACACAUUUAGCAAAAUAUUUAAUGGUUUAAAUCAACAAUUUCUAUUUCUUUUUUUCAAUUUGACAUGAUGUUUAAAACUAUAUAGAUAAUAGUAUAGAGUAAACUUAUAAUGUCUGAGUAUUAUAUUUAAAGGAUAUUAUGGCACUAGAAAAAAUGCAGAGGUAAAAUACAAAAUUAAUAAAGGGCAUGGGAGAUUUUAGUAAUGAAGAAAGGUUAACAAAUUUAAAUCUGCUUAGUUAGAAAAAUAUUAUACAAUUAUAUUCGCGACCAAUACAAACCAUUAUCUGGAAAUCUAUUCAUAAACAGGACAUAGGACACGAGAUAACCCAUUUAGCCUAAAAUAAGGGAGAUUUAAGGUUAAGGCAAAGGAUUUUUUAAAAGUAAGAAAAAUAAGGAUGUGACAUUCUCUGCCUGAAGAGUUGGUUUCAUCAGUCUCUACAGCAAUUGGAUGAAUACUUGAAAAAAAAACAACAUAAUAUUCACUAAUACAACUUUUAAUAGGUUGAGUCCAGAAGGAAUAUUUUCCAAGUUUAUUGCAAAAUUGGGAAGUGUUUUGAAGCAGAGGUUUGUUUUCCCCUUUUUGGGAUCAAAGGCUGAACUUGAUGGACACAAGCAUCUUUUCAACCUAUGUAACUUUGUAUCUUGAAUAGAUUUAUUGUUAACUGGAAAAAAAUUAUAUACUUGCAUACCUAUUUGAAGGGCACAUCUUGAGACUUGACAACUCUUUGUAGACCUUGAAGCUUUAGAUCUAGCAUUAGAUACUAUGAUCUAUAAGAUCUCUUCCCCUCCAGGCACACCAAAUUAUAUUAUAUACUGCACCAAAUUUGGUUCACUGUCAACUAAUGUGAGGGGAACUGCAUCAGAGGCAUGCCCCUGUUUACUGGUGAAACUAACCAUUUUUAAACAUUAGGAUCUAUAUUUUAUUUUGUAUCAAGCUGUAUAUUCUCGCAAUCUAUCAAACUUCAGAAAAGAGCAAAGAAAGUUUUUUGGUUUUUUUAAUAUACUUUUAAAACCGUAUGCUUGAGGAUGAACUACUUUUAGAAAUGCCAUUGAAAACAACGGUAUCAUAUGGCUUGGAUGAUAAAAUGUACUAAUGAUCUCAGGUCAAUCCAUCUGACAGGUUAAUACAUUUCAUUCAAAUCAAUACAUUUAGCCCUAGUUUGGUUGCAUAACUUUGACAUUGGUGCUUGCAGAGCCUUGACCAGCAAUAGAGAAAGAUUAGAAGUCAAUUUAACAUAGAUAAUGAUAAAUAAAGAACUCUUGAGUCAAUAUGUGAUUAGUCUAAAAGUGACAAGAGCACAAUGAGCCUUUCCAAAGUAUAAUUGUUAUCAAAGAGAAUAAAAUGAGAAAAAAUAGUGUUUGGAAGUGACAGCAAGAAACAAAAGCAAUGCGUUUAGGUUUAGCGCAGUUACUUUUACUCUACAAUGAUCACUUAUCAAAUUCAGACACCUUAUUUCAACCAGUAAAUAGUGUAUUUUAUUUCAAAUGUGAAGAGCUAUUAAGUAAAGAUCAAGGGACUAAAAUUAUUCUCAUUACAAUAACGCUAUUGUACAUCCAUCCAUCUAUCCAUUCUGAAUUACAAUAGCCUAGGCUUGUCUUUGAUAAAGACGUCACGCUUAAAACAUUAGGGUUCUAAUGAGAUCUUCCUCCAGCAAGUGGCAAUAGUUGGCUCAGGACUUUAAUUAUAUCUUAAAGGGGUACUUUACACACCAUAGUCACUACAGUUUGUUGUAUUAAUUAUGAUACUAGGAGUCUGCAGGACCAUUUUUGUGUCAAACUGUUUUCAAGCAGUUUGACACAAACUGAUUAUGGUCCUGACAAAACUGAUUAUCUGAAAGACUCAGCGAGUCAAUUGAAUUUCAAAAUUGAGAGUUCUAGAACAGAGGUGGACGAUAAAGGCUGGAAGGUGAUGAGGAGCAAAUGAGAGGAACCAGGCUAUGGGAUGCUAGUGUGAUCCAUGGUUUGUGUCAAGCUGCUAAAAAUAAUUUUACAAAGAACUGAAGAAUGGUGUCUGCAAACUCCUAGCACUAUAACCAUAACAAUAAAGUAUAGUGGUUAUGGUGCUUAGAUUGACCCUUUAUCAAAGGUGCUUAUUUGUAUUGCUAUAAACUGAAGAGGAUUAAUGUUUCUGAUUUUGAAGCAAGGAGGUGUCUUUUUUCCAGCCUGCUCACGAACAUCACUGGUGACAUGAAUUGUAGACUAUGCUAGCUUUAGUGUAUCUAUAAUCUUAAUUGUAUUAAUGACAGGAGGCGAGUAUUUUGCUUAAGACUUUCUUUACUUAAGCUUCACAGCAGCACUUUUUUUAACAUAGUGACAGUGUAACUGCGAACAAACAGGAACAGCAAACGAACAGUAAAUGAAUCAGAUGAGAGUUUCAGAAUGCCAGACGAGAAAGUUGAUGCUUGAGAGGGAACAGGAAAGUAAACAUGUCCUCUUUGGAGAGCUGAGAUGAUGCUUGAACUGGAACUGCAACUAGACUUGUCCUCUUGAGGGAGCUUUAUGCUGAAACGAGAGAGCAGAGUCGAAACCAAGGAUUAAUCCGUGAAUUGGACUUCUAAAAUUAUGUCAUGCAGUAGUUAGAGAUCAUAUAUUAUAGCCCGCCUGCAACAUAGCCUUAAACCACCCACCCCAAGGGUGUAACCCCUUGCCCCCCCAGAGCAGAAAGACAUUGCGUAUUUACUCUUGUCGUAAAUGAACUUACCUACAGAGGCGACCCUAGGGGGGGGAAACUAAAGUGAAGGGUGGGAAAUACUCGCCUCCUGUCAUUAAUAAAAUUAAGAUUAUAGGUACACUAAAGCUAGCAUAAUCUACAAUUUUAUGACAUGACAGGAGGCUUCGUAUUUUGCUGUUUUAAUGCACCCCGAGAAGGGCUAAGGAAGCGUGCACAGCCGGACGAAAAUAGAAGUUGCGGAACGUCUGUUCCCGGGACCAGUCUGCUGAGUGAAGAAUGUCCCGAAGUGAGGCUCCAGCGUUGAAUGCUCCUGAUGCCGCCGCUCCUCUGAUGGAGUGGGCUCCGAAGGAGGUUUCAAUCACGGCCAGGAAGAGCAACCACCUAACUCAUCAGGCAAGGGUCGUGGUUGACACUGGAUUAUGUGGUCGGACGUAUGAGACCAAUAAUUGGCUGGAGGAGGUUGAACAGAGAGUGGAGUUGAGUAAUAAAUAACGAGAGAGAAGUGAUACCACACACAAUUUUGGAUGGUUAGGGAAAUAAGGGUAAAAUACCGAAGAGGAGUUUGAUUUAGUCCGUCUGGACAAGGAAAAGGUGACACCUUCAGGGGAAAAGUUGAUAGCAUCAUGGUCAAAAGCUUGAACAUCCGACACUCGUCUGAAAGACACUAAGCAAAGUAACAGAGUGACUUUUGCUGAGAGAUGACGAAGGGAGAGAUCUUCGUUGCUCAGCCAAGCUUCUAGGAAAUGAAUCAUUGGGAGUGUUGGGGGCGAGCCAGUUUAAUGCCCCGUAAUAGUCUACAAACCUGCGGGACCUGGCCAACUGGAGCUCCGUGUAGAGGAACAUGGGCUGUCGAGAUGGCCGACCGGGCAACGUUGAUGGAUCGGUAGGAUUGGCCUAGGUCGAAAAGAUGCGAGAGGAAAUUCAAUAUGAACUGUCUAGGGGCUGUAAAGGGAUCGGUAUUCUGUUCCAGGCACCAAUUGCACCAAGCACCCCAGGAGGAAAGGUAGCAUCUUCUGGUUCCAGGGGCCCAAGAAUCCCAGAGGAGUUCCUUAGAUCUCUGCGAUAACUCUCCGAAAUUCCAGUUUGAAAGAGUCCAAGCCACUAUGUGGAGGUGGCCUUGUAUUAUCAUCGGAUGAGGGUUUCCUUGAGGGUCCUCUAGGAGGUUGAGCCAUAGAGGUAGAAGGAGGGGAUGUUGGCAGGAGAAGUCCAGGAUAUCCGGGAACCAUGCUUGGCCCUGCCAGAGUGGGGUGAGUAGUACAAGCGUGACCUGUUGUCGGCGAAUCUGGAGAAGGACUCUUGGACUCAUCGCAAAUGGAGGGAAGGUAUAGGCUCCUGUCGUCGGCCACUACUGAAGGAAGGCAUCUACUGCCGAGCAUUCUGGGUCUGGUAGCCAGCUGAAGAACCGUGGGACCUGAAAAUUCGUCCGGGAGGCGAACAGGUCCAGAAUAAACGGGCCCCUGAUUUUGGAGACGUGGAAGAAAACUGAUCUGUGUAGGCGCCAGUCACUGCCGUCUCUCCAAUGUCGGGAGAACCAAUCCGCAGUAAUGUUCAUCUCCAUGGGAGAUAUUCUGCCCGAAGUGUGAUGUUGCGUUGAAAACAAAAAUUGUAGAUGUCCUUUGUCACUUCGGAGAGGGUGUGAGAUCUGGCCCCGCCCAAUUUGUUGAUGUAUUGGACGGCUGAGAUAUUGUCCAUUCGAAGGAGAAUACAACAGUCUGAGGUGAUUGGCCAGACUGCGGAUUGCAAAUGAGCCUGCGAUUAACUCCAGACAAUUGAUCUGGAGAAAGUUUUCUGCGGUGGUCCACGGUCCCCCAGUGGAAGUUGUAUGACAAGUUGCGCCCCAGCCUUGGAGGCUCGCGUCUGAUUCCACCACAAAGUCCGGAGUGGGGACGAAAAUUGUUUUGCCGUUCCAGCCAAACAUGUGGCGGAGCCUCCAGUAGAGUUCAUCCCUCACCUUGGUAUUGAUAGGGACCCUCUGGUCGUAUGAUGGAUGGGUCUGGAGGAAUUGAGCUUUCAAGCGUUGCAUCACCCGAUAGUGAAGGGGACCUGGGUAGAUUGCCUGAAUGGAAGCAGAAAGCAGGCCUAAAAUCCGAGCUAAACCUCUGAGAGGUAGAUCCACUUGUCAAAGCAUCUUGCGUAGUUCCUUCCUGAUCGCAGUUAACUUGGAUUGAGGUGGGCGAAGAACACAGGUGGAGGAGUCGAUCUUGAAGCCGAGAAAUUGUAUGACUUGGGAUGGGGACAGUGAUGAUUUCACUUGGUUGAUGACAAACCCCAAAAAUUCGAUCAAUGAGGAUGUGUAGUUGGUCUGCGAUCGCAAUCUGGAUGCGUCGUCACAGAGUAGCAAGAGGUCGUCGAGGUAGAUUAAGCAGCAAAUGCCCCUUGCUCGAAGAUGUGCGGUGACUGGCUUGAGCAGUUUGGUGAAGCACCACGCAGUGGAACUCAGGCUGAAUGGAAGGCAGGUGAAUUGGAAAAUCCGGUGGUGCCAAAGAAAGCAGAGAAAACGUCGACUGGGUGGAUGUACUGGUAUGGAGAGGUAAGCAUCCUUGAGGUCGAGUCGGGUGAACCAAUCGCCUGGUUGGAGAAUGUCUCUGAGGAGAUGUAUCCCUUCCAUUUUGAAAUGCCUGUAUACCACGAAGGUAUUCAAUUGGCGAAGGUUGAUUACCAGGCGGAAUUCUCCUGAUUUCAAUCGAGAAGGAUACUUUGAGAUUUUGACAUUAUCGGGUAAUGAGGAGAACCUGUUUGAGUAGAGAGAGAAUAAAACUCUAUAGAAUAACCCCGAACUGUGUUUAGAACCCAGGUAUCUGAAGACAGCGUCUUCCACAUGUCUACACAAUGUAACAACCUGCCCGCAUGAUAAACCGUAGAAAGGUGAAAGGUAGGAAAUCUCACCUGUUGGGUAUCUGUUGCGUCCACGGGCUCUGCUUCCUCUUCCCCUAUCUGCCCUUUGGGUGUAGAAGCCCCUUGAUUGAUAGUUGGGGAAGAACGAUGAAGUGGGGGGUCACUGGCAUUGGCUAGUGGCCCAGAAACGGCUGACUUUAUGACCCCUUGUACGGCCAGCCCUGCCAAAAACCCGUGAGGGUUGUUGAUAAAAUACUCUUUUCAUGGAUGACUGUGCCUUGUUCAGUGUGGCGUAUAAGUUUACAUGUUUGUGUAACUCUUUAAUAUAGGGUUCUCCAAAUAACAGACCCUUGGCCUUGGGGCCCAAUUCUUUGGUUUCCAAGUUGGCUAGUUUGGCAUCCAUGCGCAGCAGCACUGCUUUUCUACGCUCAGUACAGAGGGAUGUUUUUGCAUUGCCCAGCAGGCCAAUGGAGAGUAGUGCUCAUUCUCUGAUCACAGAUGGGCACUACGCUCCAUUUGCCUGCUGGGCAAUGCAAAUUCUUCAUUAGCCAGUAGUAGAAUUUUCGCCAGGGGCCCCAGGAUAUCUAACAUCUUGUCCUGGGUGAGGCGUAGGCUACGUUCAAUGCCCUUUUUUGGGUCACAGACAGAUCUGGCUAGAUAUGUGUAGAGCAGCAUAUCAAACUCCGGGGUCAUAGCUACCUUGUCCGGCAGAGUAGGCCUAGGACAUUCAGCUCUUAGGCGCUUGCGGACCUUCUGGUCUAAGGGUCUCUGGGAGAGAUGGUUUGGGAGUGACCAUUCUGAUGACCGAGGAUAUCUAAUCUUUCGCAGGUCAAAUAGAGGUUGACCAAGUGUAACCAGAAAGUAUUCAGUGUCCUCUGAUGGAUUCGAUUCGGGUACCGUAUCCUCAGUUGUGGGGACUCAUAGUAUCUUGAGGGAAAGGUGCUCCUCUGAAAGAUGUCUCAGGCCAGUCCUCUUCGUCUUCUGAAGAGUGGCCAGCUUGCCAUUCAUCUAGAAUGGCCAAGGGGUGUAAGUCGAAAGAGUCCUCCUCCUCUUCAGAGUAGGCUGGAUGGAGUGUUUCUCUUUAGCGUCCGCCUAUUUGGGGCAUUUCGCCGGUUCUUUCUCCUUGCGUUUGAGUGGUUCUGUCCCAUCCCCUUUCUAAUAUCGUUUAUUGGAUUUGGAAGGGUUCCUUUUUGUGGAAUCGGAAUCAUCCGCAUCUUCAUCAGAAAGCGGGGGCUCAGAGAUUUUAAGAUCUUUGUGCUCAAUGGGCAGUACCCGAGCCAAGGCCUUUUUUUAGUGAGGCGGCAACAGCUGCAUUUAUAAUUGCUUGCAAGUUUUGAUCUUGAUUUGAAGCCUCCAUAGCAACAGUGUUGGUACCUAUGGGGCAGAAUAGGCCAGUAUUAGGAUGUAUUUUAAGGCCGUCUUUAUAUAUCACAAUAUUUUAAAAUUCCACAGUGCAAGUUGCAAUUGGGGAUCACCCAGUAUAAAUAACCUCCGGGAGUAAUUAUUCAAAACCGUGUAGAGGUAUGGUGGCACAGGCAAAGCGGGCCAAUCAUGGGCUGUAUAACUUAACAGCAAUCAUAAAUCAUAUUUAGGGAUUUACCCUUAAAAACUCACAGUAUUAGUGUGAUAAAAUAUUUGGCUGAAUGAUAUUGGGGGUUUCUACAACGGUAUGGAAGUAGAGUAAUUCAAUAAUAUGAUUUGGUCAAUGUAGUAUUUUCAAUUCACCACCAGGGGGAGUUAGUAUAUGCCAUCCCUAUGGUGAGUAGAGAAGUAGAGUCUACUCUGUGAGGGAAGAUUUUCCUGGGGGAACUUAAACCAACAUGAGGUAUGAACAAGAGCAUAAAAUGAGGAGUUUUAUUAUUUAUUAUUUAUUUAUUUGUUUUUAUAAAGUGUAAUACUGCCGCGACGAGCGGUAAAAUGGCUGCCGUGCGGCUAGAAUGGGUGCAGAUCGUGGCUCCAAGAAAAUGUCCGCCACGAUCUCGCGCAUGCGCACUAGAGGGAGAGAUCCAAGAUGGCCGCCCUGCACACUCAGGGCCGUUGGAGGCGUUCUCCACGGCCCAGAUAGCCCGGGUAUGCCGACCACAAUCUGGACUAAAUACGGUAGAAAAUAAAUAAAUAAACAGAAAAUAAACGGAACUGGCAAGAAUGACAGUUCAAAAGUAGCUAAUAGGAAAAAAUUAGACAGUAAAUAGAUAUGGAGAAAAUAAGUUGAGAGGAACAUUUCGCAAGAUUAAAUAAGGUAGCUAAAACUCCUUAGGUAUAAGAUACAAAGAUAAUAUCAAUAAAAUAUGAGAGAAACAGAUAAGAAGAUAAAUGAAUCAACCACAGAAACCCACAGAAAGUAGAAGACAGUGGCACUCUGACCUGUACUGGUGUGAAGCAGCAAAGAAAGAGGCAGUGACAUCACGGGGAGGGACUUUUAUACCUUGUUAUCUUUUUUUCUGAUUGGUUACCCUGUUACUAUGUUAAAAAAAGUGCUGCUGUGAAGCUUAAGUAAAGAAAGUCUUAAGCAAAAUACGAAAAAUUACAAAACUGUCAUGUCCUCUCACUGUCUGCUCUCCAGCCCUGGCUUUUGAAAACGUCCAAGUUUAUGAAGUGUGCAGAAAUCUAUGCAAGACUUUACAAGAACUACAACAAUUUCUCUGAUACCAUAGAUCUAAAUAUAGAAGUGAUAUUGCAAGACAGAGAGAUAUUAUCAUUUUAUUUUAUAGUAUACUCAUUUUUAAUAAUGUUUUAAUAACUUUUUUUUUUUUUUUAUCUGUGUAAAUACAUCUAUACCACUGCAGUAAUUUGUCCUGGAAUUUACAACAUGGGAAAUGUUUGUUACAAUUAUUGUUUUCUUUUCUUUAAUGAAUGUUGAUGCAUAAAAACACAUCAUUUAUAUGUGUCGCAUGAGAACUACAUCUGUCUAGAAAGCUUAAAAAUUUUAGAAAGAGCAAAUUAGGUUAUAAUUUUGGCUGGCAUGCCUAAUAAAAACCAAAAACAUAUUUUUGUUGGAAGUUAUUUUUGUAUAUGUUGGUAUGUUUAAAUUAUCAUUCGCUGGAUACUAUAACGCUUGUUAUUUUAUACAGCUCUCCACUAACAUAGAGAUAACAUUAUUAAGAAAUGUUUUUAUUCUUUUAGGCAGAUCUUCAGACAGACAUAGAGGACCCAGCACUUGAAAGAUUUCUGUUGAGAAUUGCAAGAAAGGCAAGACCAGGUCAAAUCCUCGAGCUAAUUGCAAAACGAAGCAAAGGUAAAAAAAACACACAAAAAAAGUGAUCUACGUAGAAGUAAACAAGUUCACACGUUAAAACUAGUUUAGCCGGUGGCAUUGGCACUUGUACUGUGUUUACAGUGGGUUGUGAUAUUAAAUUUUAAGCCGUAGUAUGAAAACAAAGAGUUACAGGUUUAAUUCCUGGCAGAGAACUCGGCAUUUUUCUUUUCAAAUUUAAUUUAUUUCAAUUAACCCCUUAAAGACCAAAUGUUACACUUUAUAGCCAUAUAAUCUGGAUCUUAAACCUCAUAGAGAAUAUUGUGUAUUCAGUUUUGGGUUGAAUAUUAAUAAUGCAUUGGGAAGGGGAGUGCUUGGUAACCUAUCAAAACAGCUUGCACAAUAUAUACCGGAAGCAGAUCUCGGUCUUAAAGGGCAACUAUACCAGAAAUCCCAUGGAAAUAAAUGUGUUUAAAAAUUCAAGGAGCUUCUCUCCUGUUGAUUGUGAGGAUGUCACCGAUCUUAGAACAGACAACUCAUUGCUAGUUAGCAUGCUGAACAGAAAGCUCACAGCAAAUAGCCCUGCUCAGGAUCUUCUGUGUGUAAUGCAGAUUAAAAGAAUGGGAAACUGAAAUGGCAUUUGGGAAUAGUGCUCCCUUUGCAUACUUUAAAUAGAACUGAAUAAGAUUCAGCCAAAUGCAUUAAACGUUUAAAAUAGACAUCUUUAGCAGCGAUGACAUUUUCAACACUUUAUGAAGCAAAUGUCAAUUAAAGCAAACACAUAGCAAACAUGUACAAAAAUAAACUUUAAUUCAUUAUAAAUACAUCUGUUUGUAUCUCUACAGAGAUGCAAUGCUUACAUAGAUCAAAAAUAUGCUGGAUUUUGUUAAUGUAAAGUUCAGGUUAACAGAACUUUUGGAUUUCAAUUGUGAUUUAUUUUUUCUUCACAGAAUUUAAAAGGAAUUCUCCAAAACGUAUGUAUUUUGCUAAUUGAAUUCAUACCGUUGAUACUUUGAAUGUGAUAUUGUGCUUGGAAGAAUGAUAUAGAACAGAUAAGCAUAUUUUGUGUAAAAAUAAAAAUGGUAUUCAGUUACAAGAAUUAAGAUUCACGUAACAGAAAAAAAAAGUGUUUUGUCCACAUGAAUACAUAUCAGAGAGAGUUAUCUUUGUACCCCAAGUUUGCAGAUAAAUACAUAUAUAUCUGCAAACUUAUAUAUAUAUACACACUAUAAGAACAACAGUAUUGGGACACACCUCUUAAUUAUUAAAUUCAGGUGUUUCAAUCAGUCCCAUUGCUACAAGUGUAUAAAAUCAAGCUCCUAGCCAUGCAAUCUGCAUUUACGAGCUCAGUGAAUUCAAAUGUGGUACUCUGCUAGGAUACCACCUUUACAAUAAGUCAGUUCGUGAAAUUUAUUCCCUGCUAUUCCACAGUCAAUAUAAGUGGUAGUUUUGGAAAGUGGAAGUGUUUAGGAACAGCAGCAACUCAGCCAUGAAGUGAAAGAUGUAUAGUCACAAAGUCGUCAUGAAUGGGCAAAAAUUCAUAUACAAACACUCCAAAAUCUUGUGAAAAGCCUUGUCAAAGUGUAAGAGUGGAAGCUUUUAGAGCUGCAAAUGGGGCACCAACUACAUAUUAAUGUCUAUGUUACAAUGCAAUGUCAUAAAAGUCCCUCUUGGUGGGGGUGGGGUCUGGCGGUCGACAGAGCAAGACGCAUGUCACAGAGGCUCCUAGAAAAAAACACAUAAAAAUCCUCUAAAAACACAGUUAAGUGCAAUAUAGAAAGACCCUCGGCAACUCACCGACAUGGAGACAUUUCCUUAAUUCCAGUAGCGACUCUCCGUGCAAGUGGCGCGAGAACACGGCUGGUACAGUUUUAGGCCUACUCCUUCAGACGAGGCGGGGAAUGCGGCCGAUUCGUUGCUCUUCAACGGCGUGGCUGUCUGAGGGUCGUUUCCCUCGUUUGCCCCCUCACCAAUUUAGCAAUCAGCAACGCUCUGUGGACACACGCUAAAGUCUGCUGACCAAACAGCACUAGACAUGGGCCCACCCAAAAUGGCGGACGCUGUGAGUGCCCCAACUCACCAUGGCGGAACAACAUCACUCCUAAGCCACCUAGAUGCUGGAUGCUGGGAUUACGCAUUGGGAGGCAGUGGGGUUAAAUGCUGUGUGUGUAGCGUUUUAUAGCGAACUCAAAAUCAAAUCAGCCAAGUAGUCAUGGUGCUUGGAGUAUCACUUUCAGAUUAAUAACUAUCUUUGAUGCCUUCUGGCAGAAACUGCGUGCUAAGAUUAGUGCACCAAUCCCACCAGCUCCACACACAAGUCUCAGUUCACCUCAACAACAUGGCAGCCGACCAGCAGCUCAUGGAGCUAUACGAAUGCCCCUGAGAAAGCUAAUCCCACGCCGGCAGACCCUGGGGAGGAGAACGAGCUGGCCGUGGCAGAACAUUUAACCCCUUAAGAACACAUGACGUGUGACAUGUCAUGUUUCCCUUUUAUUCCAGAAGUUUGGUCCUUAAGUGGUUAAGCAGGGGUGGAACCAUUUGAGCUGGAAAAGAGGGGGUUGGCGACCUGACUACAAUCGCUGUGCAGCCUACCGGCAUUUGUGGUGCUAGCCCUGAGAACCAGCACGCACUUGGGGGACUGUGUACUUCCCAUGAAAGGCAUCAGCUGAUGGACACUCAUGGUGCUUAGUGGAUUUCACGUCAUUACCUUCCUGACUACCUACAGCAACUCAAGCAUACUGUUGCUGUUUAAUGUUUGUUUGGAUUUUUUCUUUCUUCUUUUCUUUCUCUUUGUUUUUACUUGUCCUCUCACUUCAUGUAUAUAUAAGUGGAAGCAUCCUGAGUCCAGUAUACAAGCUCAUUGGUGGCAUUCCCAUUGUGUAUUGUGUAAUGUGGUGUCAGUUAGUUUUGCUUUUAACCUCUUUUGGUAUAUUUUGUAGUUUUUUUUCUUGCCUGGCACACUUGUUUACUCUACUUUAUAUUAUAAAAAGUGCCAUACUCUUGACAUUUUAUGCAUUUAUGCAACUACUGCUGCGGUUUAUUAUCUUGAUAAAAUGCCUGUGCUCAUCUGUAAAUUUAGCUUGGCACAAUAAAAUAAAGAAAGUCAAAAAAAAUAAAAAAAAGUCCCUCUUAGUGUAAUUGUCAGGUGACCCAACACUUUUGUCCAUAUAGUGUAUAUCCUGGGAUUACGCAUUGGGAAGCAGUGGGGUUAAAUGCUGUGUGUGCAGCGUUUCAUAGGGAACUCAAAAUCAAAUCAGCCAAGUAGUCAUGGUGCUUGGAGUAUCCCUUUCAGAUUAAUAACUAAAAAUAAAAAGCAUUUAAAAGGGACCUAUUGUGCUUAUUUGUAUGUGAUAUUUAGGGUUACUCUCUCUAGGCUCCCGUAUCACACCAUCAAGUCCUCUAUAGGGACUAAUUUUUCCUCAUAAUCCCCAUUUUAACCUCAAUCACAAUCCGAAUCCUAAUCCCUAGCAAUAAUGUUGGUGAUUCCCUCUGCCAAUGUCAGUUUCGAUACCUAAUACUAAUGCUAAAUGUAAUCCUAAUCCCUAAACUAAUCUUAAUUGCAAGGUAUUCCCUCUGCUAAUAUCAGCACUGGUAUUAGCAAAAGAAAUUCUAAGUCAAAACAGCAGACAGCAAUAUGUUGCUGCCAACAACUGGCUGUUUUGCCGUGUUAUGCUGAAAACCCUGCAUUAGAAUUACACUAUGAUCAGUACCGAGCAACUGGCGAAGCCCAGAACAAUCAAAAUGGCAUGGAGGCAUGCAGGGAGACCCUGUCAGAGUCUGUGUAGAACCUUGUGGUCUCCCGCAGACAAGCUGCAAGCCCAGAAUCAAGGUGGCUGAGCUCAAUCACUCAGCCGUGGAGAUUUCAAUUGACUUAAAGAGCUGUCUAAAAAAAGUCCGUACUGGUAAAAUACAGCAUGACGGAAUGGUUCCAUCAAGGGUUCUAAGCGGUUUCUUUGGGAUCCUGGGUAUCAUUAAUCAAAUAAUUUCACAGUUGGAGCAAACCAUCAGACUUACAGUUAAACAGCUUUUGAAAAAUCUGCUUGAAAUAAUUUAGAAUUUAUUGAGGCCCCACAAAGUAAGGCUAGCUGGCAACUUUCAGCUGAUUAGCCAAAAUUACAAGAACAAUCUAAGCACAAUAAACACUACAUCGCACAUUGCGACUCUGGUACUACUACUAAUGCCAGAAUCUGUAGGUGCUGCCAUUUGUAACAUAUCCAAAGGUCAGCUCCUCUCCCGCCACUGCGAUAAUGGAAGUUAGCAAAAUAAUAUUAGCAGAUUAAAACAUGACUCAUUCAUGGUUUCAUUAAAAAGGCACUUUGUAAUGUUAAAUUAGCUUUAAUAUACCAGAGGCGGCUGGUGACACAUAAAUAAGUGUGGCGAUGCUCCCCUGCUCGAUUUAUUAGACUCUAACACUUAGCCUAUGAGAUGCCAUGCUCUGGUCAAAACCAGCUUCAUUUGCAGUCAUCAAUAAAGGGUAUAAUAGAAAAUACAGAUAUAAUAAUGACAGACAUGUUUUGACACACUUGUCACUAUCCCUUAGAAUGCCAAUAUUUGUGUUUAUUGAAAAAAAAAAAAGGUUGGUGCAACCCCACCAGCCCCUAUGGACCAGCCUCCUGCUAUAUGCUAUCUGUAUCUCCUAUUAGUUGAAACUUUUAUAAUCCCCUUUAGGAACAAUGCAUAGUGUCCCAAAUUGCUAAUAAUCUAAAUGUAAUAAUUAUGAAAAAUAACGAUUAGAAAAAUAAUUGACCCAACAAUAGAAUUGUCUACAUUGCAUAUGCAUACACAGGACUGUAUUUAACCUAUCAUAUUUCAUUUCAGGGCAAAACAGUAACUCCUUUGUUGGUUUGAUGGGUAAGCGAUCACUAAGUUCAGGUGAGUAGAUAUCUUAUUGAAUACUAUAACAUAUUCUCAACUGUUUUCGUUGGUCAUUUUAGGUAUACAUUAUAAUUAAAGGACCACUAUAGGCACCCAGACUACUUCAGCUUAAUGAAGUGGUCUGGGUGCCAGGUCCAGCUAGGGUUAACCCUUUUUUUAUAAACAUAGCAGUUUCAGAGAAACUGCUAUGUUUAUAAUAGGGUUAAUCCAGUCUCUAGUGGCUGUCUCUUGGCAGUUGCUAGAGGCGCUUGCGUGCUGCUCACUGUGAAAAUCUGGGCACUAUAGUGCCAGGAAAACGAGUAUGUUUAAGCAAAUGAUCCUUUAAGCAAAUGAUGUAAAACAGAGAACAUUCUAAAACAAUUUGCUUUCCUGACCAUUCAACCUGUGUAGUGUCUGAAAUAUAUAAAGUAACACUUCUACUACAAUUGAAACCACUGAACAGGUUAAGGAAAGAGAGUAGAUUCAAUUAUCAGAACAGAGGAGUAAAGAAUGUUACAAAGUUAAAUGCGGUAAGAGUUUAGGAUGUAAGUGAAUAAAAGGCUGUCAAAGUAGCCUAGAUGUAGUAAAGUACAGGCCAUGGAAAUGGAAUGGGUGAAAUAUAUAGAAGCAGAAUGUGUUAGAACAAUUCCAAACUUCUAAAACAUUCACCACUUUCUGAAUAGUGCAAAUUUAAUAUUCAUGAUAACUGUGGACUGCAUGAGUGGUGGGUUAAAACUUAGGUUACAUGUUAAAUAGCAAUGUGGAAGAAAUACCAGUAGAAGCAUUAAAUUAAUCAUGCUCAAUGUGAAAAAUCUUUUGUUUGACAUAAAGCUAUAUUUUUGGAGUCCAUGUGCUCCAACAGAGCUCAUUAAAGACUAGAGUUGAUCUCAAGACGCCCCCUGUAGGCCUAAUUAUUUUUAUCCUGCCGUGGUUGCCUUUAUCCAAAUGGCAGCCGAAGAAUUUAUUUAUUUUGCACAUUUUCUGCUUUGUGUCACAUUAUGUAAACUGGUACAGAGGUCAAGGUAUAAGACGGAAAAAUAUAGUGAGAUUGCAAGUAUGUUGUCCAGCGGGAGAGAACAGACCCCACAGCAGUGUAAGCAAGAAGUAAUGGGGUUUAAACAGUUGUGAUAAAAAUAACAGCUAAAAUGGAUAAAGUUAUGUUAUGUUUUUUUUCGGUAAAGUGAGUUCUAAUACUUCGAUAAUUAUUGAUAUUCAAAUAAUAACUUAUUCUUAUAGCUUUAUUUUACAAACCAUUAACAUUUCACCAUCUUCUCAGCACAUUCACCUCCAUUUCCAAAAUAUCAUAUUUUUUUUGGUAUAUUUCACCUUAUUUGUAAGGUUUUGGCCUAUCACUACUCUCUGCUCAACACUGCUGCUAGAGCAAAUUGUGAGGCAUUUGUUGAGCAGUUCCAGAUAGGAAGCUGGGCUAGUAGCAUCUGUGGAAUUCAACUUCAGAGUUAAACUGUACAAAAACUAUUUAAAACUUGAAGGUAAGACAUGGAUACUUCCUUAAUGCAUUGGCAUCAAAUAUUUCAAUUGCUUGAGAAGCGACAUCCAUUACUUCAUGUUUAUACCUUUUACUCCUUACAGCGAGAGGUUCAAAAUUUGUAUUCUCUUGUGGUUUUCUAUCACUAAAACAAUAACAUAAAAUAAUAACAUAGCACAAUUGGUGCCAAUAUUUAUAAGCCAUUUUUGAGCAAAUAUUUAUAUUUAAAAAAACAAUCUAAAUUCCAAUGUGCUUAAUAUGAUAUAAUUUGCUUUACAAUAAUUAUACAUUUUGACGCAAUUUACCAUGAUCAUUAAGAGGUAGCAGAAGGAAACAUUCAAUAAACUGCAUGUAUAAUUAAUGGCAUUAAUGAUAUUUUAAGUAGGUAAACCGAUUUGACCGGGCAGCUUUCUUAAGGGCAUGUGGUAAGAUAAUUAAAGGCAGACCUGUCAAUUCUAUCUCAUUUGUGUAUUAUUGAUCACUUAAUCAAUCAGCUGUUCACUUGAUCAAUGUAUUACACAUUUAACAUUGUCAAAACAAUCAAUUACUCAUUAUGCAACACCAGAAACAGAGGAAAGCCUAACUACUCUGGUGUUGUGUCCAAUAAAAUACGAAUUUAAUUAAGUCCCUUUCUGCACUCAACCCCCCUCAAUAUGUGUUUGCAUCGCAUGGUGGUGUCCUGGUUAAUAAACACAAUUUAAAUGUGCCAUAUACAACAUUGUGAAAAGAUUCCCACAUGUGCUCAUCUUCUACCCAUGGAUAUUAACUGACCAGGAACCAAAAAAAGAUUUACGAUCCUUAAAAUUAGGAGAUUUACACCCAUUGUAUCAUAGCUCCAGGGCAAUAGGAUUGGUUGGCCAACUAAAUUUAAAUUACAUUCCCCCAUUCAUUUUCUUUUCUCGCUACCAUCAUCAUGCAUAUUGUGAAGAAAGGUUUUUGUAGGUAAUAGGGGUCCUAGCAGUGUUUAGGUUUGUCUGGGCUUGGGGGCAUAGGAUCAAGUGAACGUGUCUACUUAUUUGUCUGUCGGUUAUUACAUACCUCUAUUAUUGACAACUUGAUCAUUGGCGUUCUUCCAGACAGAAGGGCAUAUAUUUAGGCAUUAUGGAACAAGAGAAGUAAAGAGCACCGCCUGUGGACUUCAGUUGAAUAUUUGUAGCACUUUAGAGUAAAGUAGAGUAAAGUAAUAUACAUGACCUGCCUAUGAGCUUACAAUCGAAUGGACAAUAUGGCACAAAAAGGGAGAAACACAAUAUGAGGAGUAUCAACAAACACUCUUUUUAGGUGUAGGCACUAAAAGAGUUAUUGAAAUGAUAAGCUGAUAAUUUGUGACUUUAUUCAGAUUAUGAUGUAUGGUCUAUGACUUAAGAUGAGGCCAGGAUGGGUAGGUGGAACACAAGGCAGUAUGUUGUUUUUUGUGGGAGAAGAGUCCAUGUUUCACAUAGGACCACACAGAGAACGCAGUUAAAGACGUUGCACUUGGGCUCUGUAGUUAACUAAUAACUGUUCUGCACUGUGUUAACCUGUUAUUGCUUCUUUAAAACAUGUAUAACUUAAUAUGAUGUUUUUUUGGCAAUGUUUAUAUUGCAAUGGAAAAUCCAUUCUUCAAUGCCUUGUUAUAAAAACAGGCUCUAUGGACUAGUCUUUGUAUAUGUCCGUUGUCUAUUUAAUAGAAUAAAGCUUUUCUUACUAAGUCAUGAUCAUGGAUGUGUUUCUACAUUAGAAAAAAAAUAAUAGUUUAGCUAUACUUGAGCGAGUGAUGCUUAAAGUAAUUUUAGAGAAUGGAUUUCGCAUCCUGAUAAGGCUUUAGUCUGACCAGCAUCUAUUGAAAAUACGUUUUAAACAAGAUAUCAGAGUGCAUUAACAAGACAAAAAUUGCCUUGUCUUCUGGGAUGUAUUGAAGAUGUACUUUGCAGCUGUAAUGGUUUAUUCAAGAUCUCAGUGGAAAGGUUUUUAAAGGUUUGCUGAGCAAUUUUGUUUCCUCAUCUACUCUUUAUGCCCUUGACAUGAACAAGAUGAUAUUCCAGAAAAAAAGAUUAUUACACAGUAUGAGAUAUGGAAUGGUUCCGGAAUUCUUGAAAGAUUCUAAUGGAGAAUAAUACAGAUUUAAAAAAUGUAACAGAAUGAAUGGUAUUUUAAAUUAACUUUGCAGUACAUUAGAUUGUGAUGAAAUGAAGAUACCUGACCAAUCAUGAUUAAGUGGCUAAUCCAGAAACACAUGAUGGCCAACGGAUGCAACCCUUUAUCACUGAUCAGUAAGGUUACUUGAUAUAAUAGAAUUAAUGGAGCACUUGCAGAAUAUAUAUUAAAAAAAAUAGUUAUUUCAUCCAAAGUAUGUUAAUAUGUUUCAGUAGGUUUUGUCUUUGAACAUAAUAAGUUUAUUGAAACAUUUAAAACCAUUCAAACAUAAAAAGGGCACUUUCAUUUUAUUUCAAUUUGUUUUGCACUAACUGAGCAAAUGUAAAAAAAAUUAUAAAAAGGGACACUUCAAACAAUUAAAGGGACACUUUAAGCACCAUAGCCUCUACUGCAUCCUGUAGUGGUUAUUGUAUCAGUAGUCCUCAUUUUUGAAUGGCUUGACUUCUACCUGGAUCUUCUGGAUGGUGGGAAAACAGUGUGCAUGACUAACAUUGUGAACAGAUUGCAAACUGUGCAGGUUAGGAGCUAAAGCAGCAAAUUGUUAUAUUGUGGACUAUUCAUUGCACUGUCAGUUGUUAUGAAUGCCUAAUGACUAUUAAUUCUUUUCCAGAAUCUGAAGAAAGUGCCAUGGACCUGGAUUUCAACAGGAGACGUUAACAAAUGUGUUCUAUGUAUUAUCUAUUUAUUUAACUAUGGCUUAAAGAUGUAAAAUAGACUGAUUAUGGUAAUGAAUGACUUAUUUAAUGAUAUUAGCUGCUAUAUAAAUAUAUAUUUAAAAAUAUAAUUCUGGAAUAUUUACAUCUGCUGUCAUGUUGUGUUUAAAAUGUGUGUGUUAUAUGUUUUAUCAUAACCUAUAAUUACGGCUUAAACUAUAAUAUAUGAUAAAUUGGAUCUGACCAGUAACUGUACUUUCUUUUUAUGAUAUGUCACUAAUAAAAAGAGACCUCUCUCAGUUAUUAAAGGGAUGCUAUAGUCAGCAAGACAACUUUUGCUUAAUGGAGCAUUUUUGAUGUGUAGAUCAUGCCCCUGCAAUCUCUCUGCUUGGUUUAUUUGCCAUUUAGGAGUUUAAUCACUUUGUUUAUACAGCCCUAGUCACACCUGCAUGUAACUUAACCUUACUAAACACUUCCUGUAAAGAGUCAUCUAAUGUUUACACUUAAUUUAUUGCAAAUUCUGUUUCAUUUAGAAUUUCUUAUCUCUGCUCUGUACUCUGUUAAUAGCUUGCUAGACCUUGCAGGAGCCUCCUGUGUGUAAUCUAAGUUUAAUUUACAGAGCAGAAGAUAAAAACUUUUAAAGUUACAUCUAAUUGAAAAUUGAGCAAUAUUUUUUCAUGCGGGUUGUGUGAGUUACAACCAGGGGAUGUGUGGCUAGGAUAAUGUAAUGUAAUUUAUCUGCUAAAUGGCAGAGAAUUGAGAAGUGCGAUUUCAGAUGCACGUUCUAUACACAAACAACUGCUUCAUUAAGCCAAGCUGUCUUGGCGACUUUAGUGUUCCUUUAACCCCUUAGGACCAAACUUCUGGAAUAAAAGGGAAUCAUAACAUGUCACACAUGUCAUGUGUCCUUAAGGGGUUAAAGAUUAUUUUACAUUGUAUAUCCCUCACAUUAGAACUACUGAUUCUUUGAGGCUGUGUAAAUGUAUUUUUUUAGCACCUACAUUUCUUUUUUAGAUACAAAAGCAAAGUUAACUUUUUGCAGCAAAAAUAGCACCUGCUUUGCUUGAUAAAGCUCCCGCAUUAAUACUGAUAUCACUAAAAGUGCAUCAGGGUAGUAAAACAGAUACAGCACUAUCCUGGAUCCCAGGGUGCACCUGGGCCUGAGGUUGUCCAAUCCUCACAAUGUAAUUUGCAGGAAAUAAAUUAUGGUCCAGGCACUCAAGGUAAAUCCAAAGUGAGCAGGUAUAUUGGAGCAGAUGAAAGCAAUGUUUUAGCCCACAACAGGGCCUUUGCCAACCUACCAUUUGCACAGCAAUAUAACACAUGGUAGGGAGAUUUGAGGUGACCUCCAAUCAAUCUUUCAUUAACUGUGCAUACAUUUAGCACUUAUAUUUUUUAACUCAUACUGGUUACAUGUUAUCAUUUACACAGAAUACAUAUACAAACAUAAUUAUCCUAUUUCCAGUUUUGUAACCCACCAAGCUUAUAAUUUGGUGUGAAGCUUGAAAACCAAAAUCCAUUUUUUUAUUUUGCAUAAUUUUAAUGAGAAUGAAUUACACUGCACACAUGCCAAUGGAAAUUGAGGUUGAAUAAAUGUUCAAUGUAAUAAAUUUUACUUUUUAGUUCUCAACCUAUUUCAUCUUUUUAGUGAAUAAACCCCAAUACUGAGAUUGGGGGUUUAUACUGUAAUGUAAGGUAUUUGCUAACACA